UAAAGCCCCCACAUUUUUCCUCCCUGCGCUUCUUUCACUCUCUCGUCCUCUCCCAAACCCAAACCCUCCGAAUCUUCAAUUUUCUGAAUUGCCGUCAUCCUCGCCGUCUCUCGCCGUUAAAUCUCGCCGGCGGUGAAGUAGAAUCUCCUCAGUUCCUUGUAACGGACAGGAUGUUGCUCGGUGAUGAUCAUGUAAAUAAUUGCUGUUGUCCAUAGAGACCAUUUUCAUAAUUUAUUGAUAACUUUCGUGGGGAUUGAAGAGGUUCUUAUGGCUGGUCUGAUGUCUGGUGAUCCCUUGACGCAUCAUGGAGCUUAUGAAGGUGGAAGUUUUAGGGCUUCUCAAGAAAGGCCAGAUGACAGUGGUGGUCGUUGGUAUUUCUCCAGGAAGGAAAUUGAAGAGAACUCCCCAUCGCGACAAGAUGGUAUAGAUUUGAAGAAAGAGACUUAUCUACGCAAGUCCUAUUGUACAUUCCUGCAAGAUUUGGGCAUGAGGCUUAAAGUGCCUCAGGUAACAAUUGCCACUGCAAUAAUAUUUUGUCAUCGGUUCUUUCUCCGGCAAUCUCAUACAAGGAAUGAUAGGAGGAGCAUUGCCACAGUAUGCAUGUUCCUUGCAGGAAAGGUUGAAGAAACUCCUCGUCCCCUGAAAGAUGUUAUACUUGUUUCUUAUGAGAUCAUUCAUAAGAAAGAUGCUGCAGCAGCGCAGAGGAUUAAGCAAAAGGAAGUAUACGAACACCAAAAAGAACUACUUUUGCAGGGAGAGAGGGUUGUUCUUGCAACUCUUGGUUUUGAUCUUAAUGUACAUCAUCCAUAUAAACCCCUUGUUGAGGCGAUAAAGAAAUUCAAGGUUGCUCAGAAUGCCCUAGCUCAAGUUGCAUGGAACUUUGUGAAUGAUGGGCUUCGGACGUCCUUAUGCUUGCAAUUUAAGCCCCAUCACAUUGCAGCAGGUGCCAUUUUCCUUGCAGCCAAGUUUCUCAGAGUAAAGCUCCCAUCUGAUGGCGAGAAGGUUUGGUGGCAGGAGUUUGAUGUCACCCCACGCCAACUGGAGGGUUGGUGUCUUGCCUUGGAUAUGUAUACUAUGUAUGAACAAAAUAGAGUACAACCUUCUCAGGCUAGUGAAGCAGAAGGAAGUGCUGGUGGAAAUCAAAGGCCUGCAGGAAAAGCUUCAGCUGCAAAUGAAGAGCAUGCUGCAAAUAACAGUAACUCUCUGGGUGGAGCUGCAAAUUCAAAUGCAGGAACCUCUAAUCGCGCAUCUUCUAGGGCAAUUCCUGAUCAACCAUAUGCUGAUAAUCACAGUGGGCCCUCUGAGGCAGCUCAAACUAGCACUAAUAACUACGGAAGUGCUGAAAAUAAUGCUUCAGAUCGUAUUGGAGAUGAUGAGAUUAGUGAUAGGCAGAAGCUUGAAAGUGAGCAGUUGGCUUAUCAGGGUAAUGCAGCAGAGGUACAAAGUAGAUCAAAGUAUGGUUCUGAAAGCCAUGAUGAAGAUGAUCAGGAAGAGAACACUGGGAAAGCUGAAACAAGGCGUAAAGGGGAACCAAAGGAGAGGUACCAUGGUCGAGCCCUGGAGAACAAGGAUGGCAGACUUGGCCAGUCACCGCAAGGAGUUAAAAAGAUUGAUAAAGACAAGGUCAAAGCAGCUGUUGAGAACAAGGUCAAGGCAGCAUUGGAGAAACGCAGAAAAUCCCAUGGGGAUGUAACCAGGAAAACUGAUGUUAUGGAUGACGAUGAUCUCAUUGAGAGGGAAUUGGAGGAUGGAAUAGAACUGGCAGCUGGGAAUGAGAAAAUCAAACGGGAAAGAAAAGAAAGCUGGAGCAAGCCUUCAAACAGACCGGAGCAUGAGAACACAUAUCAUGAAAAGCCUCAAGAUGAAGCUGGGGAUGGGCAUCACCAAGGGUCAAAACGGCAGUCUUCACGUGGGGAAGAUUACGACUAUGUUGAAGAAGGGGAACUGGAACCAUAUGAUGAUGCUGACAAGGUUUAUCGGUCACCAAAGUUGAACAGUAGGAAAAGGAAGGCAAGUAGCCCCUCAGAGAAACUGAUGGAGGGUAAGCGGGAUGAGUAUGUAACAGGGAGCCACAAUCAAUCUUACCAAGAUUUUCCAGAUGAUAGAAACGGGGCUGGGAGGCUUGAUUAUUCUGAGAGGGACCACAAAAGGCAGAUGCAGGAAAAUCAUGCCUGAGAUGUCUUCUGUGCUUUGAAGCAGCAUAUCUAGCUAGUUCUGUUGAACAAGAUUAGACAUUCUGAUCCGAGGAGAGAAGUUUAUUUCAGGCUGUCACAGCUAGAUCCUAUGUUCUCUCUCCUUAUUCAUGUCUCUAAAAAAUUUUGCCACAACUUCAAUUGGUGAAAGAGCCACUAUUUAUAUGAAGGAAACCAUGUAACUCUAUUCUCCGGAUUGAUUUUGAACCCCUACCAUAUUCUGCUCUACCCUAUUUCCCUUUUCGAUAUCUCAAAUAUGUUGCAGAAUUUGUAAGAAUGGAUUCUGGUAAUUGUCCAAGUUGUUAGUGUCCUUCAAAGUGUUGUUCAUUAUUUCCUGUACAUUAUGGGAGAGUUAACCUUUAAAACUACUUAUUUUGCUGUGUAACGAGUUAUAUUUCUGCCUA